AUGCAAAAGAAGAAAAGAGAGUUGACUCAAGGAGAAGUUUAGAAAAUAAAAGAUGGAUUCUAAAUUUAAAAAGUAAUUAUGAAAGACUCAGAAACUUAAUAAGUUUAUUGGGAUUCUACUUCUGAAAAUAUCACUCAAGAUAUUAUGGAUAUUACUUUGGAUCCUAAAAUAAUUACUUCAAAAGCUGCUACUCGAUCAAUCUAAUUUUCUACAAAGGAAAAAUUAUAAGACUUAAUAUUAAUUUAAGAUGCAUAUUUGCAUGAUCAGAAAAUUGAGCAUUUUGUAUUUAAAUUUGGUUUUGUUAUGCCUGAAACCGUGAACACUUGGGAUUCUACAAUUGUUAACAGACCACCUGAACAAAUGUUGCCCAAAGAAAUCUAAUCUGGCAAUUUAAUUGUUGAUAUCUAAAUGUUUGAAUAAGAUCACCUUAUCUUUAAUGUGAAAGUGAGAAUAUUUUAUUCAUGA